AUGAAUAGAAUAAGAAUUUAUUCAUAGCGUAAUCGCUACAAUAGCAUUGAUGAAACCAAAUUCAAAUCCUCAACAUAUAGACCAAUUCAGGAAAAAAAUCUCUAAUUGAUAAAUAAGAAUACUCUCAUUCUUUAUAUUAACAGAAUUUGCAAAUAUAUUCAAGAAUUACAAUAAUAUAAGAAUGAAGGGUAUAUUAGAAAUAUUCUUAACAAAAUAUUUACAUCAACGUCCAAUUUUUAAGAUAUCUAAGAAAUAUUUAACAUUCCUGUUGUUCAUCUUAAUCGUGAUAUAUUACUGAAUAGAACCAUUAACUUAAUUAAUACUUUAUAAAUCAAACCCUCUUAAUAAACUCUUUAUAUAUCAAAUUUUAUGAAAUGGUUUGCUUACUUCGAUGAAUUAUUAUAUAACGAAAUGGAAAAAAUACAUGAACAUUAUCUUUAAGGCAUUUAAAGCAAAAUUAUUGAUUAAAUAAAACUUAAUAAACACAAAUAAGUUGAACUAAAGAGGACUUUAAAUCCAAAAAAAAAAGAAAUUAUUUAAUACAUAAACUAAUUUACUAUCAAACCAAUUCAUAAAUAGUUUAGUUCUGUCUAAAAAAUUGAACAUUUUGAGAAUAAAUAUGGAGAAUUUGAACUUAUAUCUUCAUACUCCAGAAACUACGCCAAAUAAUUAGACAAAAUUAAUCUAGAUCUUAAUUAAUUUUAUUAAUGA